AAUCUUAAUGGCCGCAUCAGGCAGCUGUCUGUCAGUGACGUUUGGUUUGCUUCGUGUAAAUUUUGUGAUGUACAAGUUUCGAAUCCGUCUAUUUAUCAAUGAAUAUGGUGUACAUUAAUAGAUAAUGGUUGUUUAUGUUGCCUAUUUAAUAAUAAACUAAAGACACUGUGUAGAAGUCCAUAAUAUUGUUAUUUUAUUACUAUAAUGGAGGAUCUCAAUUUGACAGAAACCGAAAUGAGAUAUUUCGGUGAUUUGUUUUUAUGUUGUGACGAGGAAUCCAAUGGGAAAAUACCGAUUUUGAAAGCAACAGAAUUAUUUCGAUCAUCAAAUGUACACAACGAUGUCCUAAAACAGAUCAUGGAUAUAAGCGUUGCUCCUAAUAACUGUGCGUCACUGAGUCAUAUGAACAGAAAACAAUUUUAUUCAGCACUGAAACUAAUAGCAGCCCAUCAAACAAACAUGACUUUGAAGCCUGAGCUAUUGUCCACUCCUGUGGACUUACCUUUACCCAGGUUUACAUGGGCGCUCAAUUCUGAAGCGAAUGCUGACUUGAUACAGUUGUCUAGUUCACCGCAAGAGCACCAACAUCACUUGAGUAAAAGAGAGAGAAAUUUUGGGGGAACCCUUGGUGCAUAUGAGCCUAUAAGACUGUCAUCCAACCUGUCGGACAGUGAUGUCCCACAGGUGUUGUCUCACGACACUACUGAAGGAUUAAGUACAGAUUCUGAAAUUGAAUCUGAGACGUUGUCCCAGCGAUCAGGAUCCCGUGGGAGGAGAGUAGGCAAGACUGGUUCACCGUGGAGUACGGCUAGCGAGAGUCCGACGCCGACCAAUAGCGUGGCGGAGCGAGUACACCCUGUGUGGGAACAUAGCGCCACCGGCCGGGGGGUGUGGCCCGCUAACACUGGAGAAGAACACACACGAUUACUUGGUACUGAAGAAGAGUCGUCGGACCGCCACUCGUCGGAGGAGGAGGGCGACGCGUCGGACGACGUGUGGGCGCUGUCGGACGCGCAGGCGCGGCACUACGCGGCGCAGUUCGCGCAGCUGCGUCCAGAACGCGGCAUGUUAUCCGGACAGACUGCUAGGUUAUUUUUCGAAAAAUCUCACCUACCGGUACCCGACCUCCGGAAGAUAUGGCAGCUGUCGGACAUCAACAAGGAUGGCAUGCUAACACUGGAGGAGUUCAGUAUAGCGAUGCACCUGAUCGUGCUGCGGCGGAACAACAUCCCCGUGCCCGACGCGCUGCCGGCCUGCCUCGUGCCGCGCGUCGACUCGCGCUACUCCGCGCACGCCGUCACCACCGACCUCGUCGACCUCGGCGCAGACAUGUUCAGCUCCGGCACCUCCGCCGACUUCAACUUCGCGCCCAAACCCGACGCGCACGACCCCUACGACGCCACCAAAAUCACCAAGAAACAACCCGAAGAACGACCACCCUCGUUGACCCCUCCGAAAGCCGAAACACAAGUCAACAAUAAGGAGUGGACUAAAUUCGUAGACUCGCCGACAUCGAGCGUGUCCAGCCCCGGGCCCAAGCCUGUUAAUUUUGACUUCCACAAGUCGGCAGUGGAGCGCGACCCCAAGAUCUUCCACCCCGUGGCCGUGCGCGUGACGCCCGACGGCAACUCCCUGCCGCCGCACGACGACGCGCGGGGCAGCACCUCGCCGCGCCGCGACGCCUUCGAGCUCGCCUCGCCUAAGCGGCUCAACUCCACUGAGCCGCCCUCCAACGGCGCUGAAAUAAAGUCUAUCCAGCGGCCACAGCCGCGUAAGCCUGUCAAGCCGGCGGGAGUUCUUCCCCCUCCCCCCGCGCGUGACGAUGGUCCCCAGUCAUUGCAGGCACCUCCCUAUGCUCCUAAGAAGGAGCCUCCGCCGCCGCCGCCUCCUCGUCCUCUGCGUAACCACGCUCGCUCCAGUUCGCUCGAUCUGAAUCGGCUUAAAUCCGCGCCGGCUCCACCGCCGCAGCCGCCACCGCGGGCGUCACCCUCAACAGCUGAGCCACCGCGUCGCCUAGCGAACCAGCGCAGCGAGGGCGAGCCUGCGUUCCCGCCGGACGCGUUCUCUGCGCGGGAGUACGACACGGAGGGGUUCGGGUACGCGCGCGAGGACGCGCCCAAGAUGCACGGCGCGUUCGAGGUGUACCGCAAGCCCGCCGCCGCCGCCGCGUCGCCCGCGCCCGACGCGCGCGCGCUGGCGGAGCAGAACGCCGUGCUGCACCGCGUGUGCCGCGCGCUGCAGGCCGAGCUCGCCGACGUCACGCGCGACCGCGAGGCGCUGCGCGUGCGUCUCGACGCCGCCACGCACGCUCACAUGUAAUCUCAACGCAUCUACUGCUGUCCAGUUGUCGAUGCUAACAUUAUAACAGCUAACGCCUCCAGCGUCAAAAUUGUGAAGCUGUCUAAGAACGACACUGACAGAUAUCCAUACAAUUUGUGUCAAAAUACCUCGCGAAAAAAUUAAAAAGAAAAAUGUGUCAUUAUUUAUCGUAACAUAAAUUGUAUAGAAAAGGCUGUCAGUUUCGUUCUUAGACAGCUUCUAAAUGUCGCCACUACAGGCGUGCGGAUAAUGUUUGCAUCAGCAAUCCACUGUUAUCCUAUACUCGGUCGAACUCGGUUUUUGUAUGUUUAUGCCGAUGUAUUUUUAUUCGACCCUCGCUGUGUCACCCCUAAGUCACGAAUUCGCUCGGCCUCGACGUGCUUUCUGGAUUAUAUGUAUUCGUAUUUACGUGUAAUGCUCGGAAACAAAACAUUUUAAUGUAUUAUAUUUCAUUAUUGAAUUGAAAAUAACUAUUUAGUACAGUCAGUAAAAAGAGAUUCAACCUUUCGGCCAUCUGUUUGGAUAGUUGAAAGGUAGAAUGUUUUCAUCCAACAUCAAUAUUUAAAUGCUUUAAUCUUUAUCUUCAUGGAAAGUACGUUAUGACUGUACUAAUUAUUGUAUAUCGCAGAUAUUUUUGUGCCUUUUUUAUAUUUUUGAUCAUAAAGGGUCCAUUUACAUUUUAUUUCUAGAGGCUAUUUAAUAAAUAACUAAUAGUUAUUUACCAUAGAGUCACAGUAUUUAACGUCUUGCUAACUUCCGUAGUCUCAGUAGCAUUUAAUAUUAUUUGGUCACAUUAUAUAAUUUUGUAUACAUGUAGUUUAUUGUAUUAAAUAUAAUUAAAUUUGUAAAACGUCACUCCAGUACAUUUCCAGAGUUAGAAGUGUUCAACACUCAAAUUUUAAGACAAUGUUGUUAGGAUAAGCAUUUUUCAGCUUACGGCAACAAGGAAAUUUUUAAGUAUAUUAAUAAAAAUAAAAAAAUGAACUCCGCCAAAAUCACGAUUAAAUCGUCUUCGGUAAAAUAGGUUUUUUUAAAUAACGUAUUUUUUUGUAUUUUCAAUGCAAACUACUCGUUCAAAUCAAUUGAGUACCAAAAGUAAUGAUUUUAAAUUGUCGCUAAUAGUAGUGUUUAAAGUAUAUUAUAAAGCAUUAUAUUGUUCCGUGGUUGUGCUUGUUGUCGCUUACUUAUUUUCGUCAUUACUUCCAUUACGAUAUCAAUAAAAUAGUGAAUAGUGAGCAAUCGUCUGUUAAAUGACAUUUGGUUUAUGAAAUAAAAAAUGGCGACUCCUAUCUAUGACCUAAAUGAAAUUCGAUUUUCGAAUUGUUUUUAAAUGAAAUCGGCUAAAGGCUAAUAUUAUAAGACUAACGUUGUACCCGUUGACGAUAUUUUUUGUAAUUUAUAAAAUGCAGAAAACUAAAAUUCGUUAACAGAGGCCAAAAUACUUGAGAAUCUCAAAGAUUCGAAGUUUUCCAAAUUGUCUGAUGUAGUAUUCGUACCGUGGCAUUUAUAAUUUCCCUAGUAUAUGUUUGUACAAUAUUAGAAAUUAGUUGUAACUCCAAAAUGUUACUGCAGGGUGGCGCUUGACUUGCUUGAUUAGCAUUCCUUAUUAUAAUUUGCUUUGUCAUCGUUUUAAGUGUAAAAUUCCAUCAGACGGAGGGUGUAUUUGUUAAAUUUUGUGAAUGUUGUAUUAUACAUUAGCUUAGCGAAUGUAAAAAUGUCAAGAUGUAAGAGCUAAAGGGAACGACGAUGUACAAGACUUGUGAAGUGUGAAGAGUACAUAAGAUUGUUAUUUGUAAGUUGGUAUCGACGCUCGGCCGCGUCCGCCGCAGAUGUUAAACUAUCAGAUUACAAUAUUAGCUACUGAAUAUGUGUUAAAAUAAAACUUGUAUUAUAAUAAGAUUAUUGUAAAAGUAUUUAUCUUUCAUUUUAGUCGUAACUUUAAGUAUAUGAUCCUCAGUUAGCAGCCUCAUCGCAGUGUAAAUAUUUUGAUUCUCCGCAGGCUAACGUCUGUCGAAUGCUUUAUAACCCCACUGAUCUACAUUUUGGUCCAAUUUUUGUACUACUAAUAAUGUUCACCAUUAUACCUAUACCUAUUUAUGUUUCAUAAAAAUUUAUACAGUAAUGCUUAAAAAAAAUGUAGUAAAUUAUGUACAAUAAAUUUAUUUCAAAAUUGAA